GGAAUGUCGAAGGAAUUUACGUUUACGAAGCGGCACGUGACGCAUGCGCUGUGCGCGAAUUUUAAUCACGAACCUCACGGACAAGAUGGCUUCUACAAGCAAGGAUUUUGCAAGUUUGGGUCAAUUUGAAAUCAAUGGAAAGCCUGUAAUGAAGUUGAAGGUUGACGAGCUAAAGGUAGCUCUUGUUGAACGAGGCUUGGAGAAAACGGGACUGAAGAAAGAGCUGCAGGAAAGGCUUUUGAAGGCUCUUGAAGAGGAGAGGAAUUCUGCAGAAGCAAAUAGUUUAUCCGAAGAAAAGCCAACAGUAAGCAAUGACGAGGAGACCUCAAUCCAAGAGGUAUCAUCAACAACAGGGGAGACAAGAGAGGCUAUUGCAAAGGAUGAGUCGCCUGUGAUGGACGAGAAGAAAGAAGUAACAGAAAACACAGAGGAAAUCAAAGAAGAGAAGAAAUCAGCUGAAGCAGAUUCAACAGAAAACAAGGAGAUUGUGGUGAAAAAAGCGGAAGAGCUUGAGGAUGGCGAGAUUAUUGGACAAGAUGAGGAAAAGAAAGACAAUCAGAAACCUGUUGUUGCAGAAAAGAGAAGAAUUAUUUCCUUAACAAGACAAACAAGUAAUCCUCCAGCACCUGGUACAAGGAAAAGAAAAUGGAGUUCAAGCAAAGCCAAGCCUUCUGUCGUAAUCAGCACUGAUUCUCUGAAGGGACUGAUUCCGGUUGUCCAGCUUGCGUCAACGCCUGCCCUUGAGGCUGUGAUGGAACUUGAUGACGAUAAAGAUGGAGAAGAUGAAGUGAAAGAUGAAACGCAGGGAGAAGAGAAAGAAGAAAAAGAUGAAGAGGUUGAAAUAACCCCAAAUAAUAAAUCAGACGAUAAACCUCCAUAUAAGAGGAGGAUUGUGCAAGUUGCGGAUAGCAAGAUGGUAAAAUUAGGUCAAACUGUUAACGAAGAGGAGAAGGCAACAGACAGCAGUAAUAUUUUAUUGACCAAGGAAGAGCCUGUUGUGAUUGUUGAUGAUGCUCCUAAAGGUCCUGGUAGUCAUGAGAACAGCCAUUCGCCAGCAACCCCGUCGUCUUCAGCGAACGGCACUCCAGUCAAGCGUGAGGUCUCCCCUCCGCGCAAUCCCCCGUCAUGUGCGAUUCACGUGUCAAACCUCGUGAGACCGUUCACGCAGAAGCAGAUCAUGUUAUAUCUUUCAACAUUUGGUGCUGUCACGGAAGAAGGCUUUUGGAUGAACAAGAUUAAAUCUCACUGCUAUAUCAUUUAUGGAUCCGUGGACGAAGCUACAAAUGCAAGGCAAUCCAUGCAUGGACAGCGAUGGCCCGCCACCAGCCCAAGGACAUUGAGAGUUGAUUUUGCUGAUAAUGACAAGAUGCUUGAAGACACAGAUGGUGCUCUUGGUAAGAAGGCAGAAGAAAGCGCGGAGCAGACACAAGAGAAGACUGAGGAGGAGGGUAAAGAAAGAAGCCGAAGUAAAGAGAAAAGCAGCAGAAAACACAAGACUAAGAAAGAGGAGAAAAAGAAGGAUGAACCAAGCGCUGCUAAUCUCUUGGAUAAACUGUUUCGUAAAACCACAGCAGUUCCCUGUAUUUACUGGUUACCUCUUACCAAUGAACAGGUUGUGACGAGACAGAGGGAGCGUAAUGAACGACGUAAACAGAGAGAGAUUGAAAGACAACAAGAAGAUGACGAUGAUCAAAAACCACGCGAGCCAAUGAGAAACCCUCCUCAAGACAGACCGCGCGGGCCUGAACGACCAAAACCGCGUGAGUCGCCACGUGAGCAAGAUCGCAGACCGCUACGUGAUAAUCGGGGAGCAUCGCCACAAGCUCGGCAACGACCGGAGAGACGACCGUCACCGGUGAAGAGGCGAAGUCGUAGCAGAAGCCCCGGUUUUCGCCGUGCCCCAAAUCGUAGAAGAUAAAGAAAUUGGCGCUCGUUCGUCCCAUGAAGGUAUUUAAGAUGUCCGCUUCGUGUUAAUCUCCCUGUCUGCGAAACUCCAGUAAUUUUGGGACUAGAUCCAUUAUAGAUCUCGUCAUAUACAUUUUAAAUCGCAAUACCAACAUUGUUUAUAAAAGAUCUCUGGUGUCAUCAAUGCCUGCAUCCUCCUAAAUCAUCCUGCGAAUUUAGCUUUAUGGAAUGACGGUAUAUUUUUCUCAUAAUAUGAGAAUUGUUUUAAGAAUUAGUUUUGAACCUUUUUAAUUUAAAAGAUCUUGAAAAUUGUAAGCACCUAUUUAAUUACAUUUGAUCAUAUGGCUACAGAAGAGUUAUUCAACUUCUUGAAUGACGGUAUUGAUUUUUAAUUUAGGUAAAAUUGAAAUUAGGUCAAAUUUAUGAUGGCAGGAAAUACGUGUUCUUAUAACAGAAAGAUGGGUAAACUUCACAGUGAAUUUAAUUUAAUAUUAGAUGGUGUAUGAAUGGUUGUGGCAUCGUGUGGCUUCAUUUGACUUGAGCGUGGCCAAAACCGGUUGCUGUGUUUGUUUUAAAAUGUUUUCACAUUUUAUUGUGAAAGAUGGCAAAAUUAAAUUAUAUUUAUCUCGUGAUAUAGGAACAUAUUUUAAUCUGUAUGUUCUCAUCUUUGUUGUAGGCGUUUAUAGUGGUCGUUAUAGAUAAUAUAUAUGCGACACUAAUCUAACCAAUUUUGCAAAUAAUAUAGUAUACCUUAUGGGUCUGAAUGCAGACUCUGAUAGAUAAUAAGACGCUCUGUUGAGCGUGUUGUCGGUGUCGGGGAGCGAUAAAACAGAGGAACAGAGGAGAUGUGUGACAGAGGCCUGUCUUAUCUGUGGUAGGUUUUGGCUGGUUUGGCAGCUGUUGUCGUAAAAUGACGAAAUAUUUUCCUUGAGAAAUUACGUCAUUUUCCCCCGAGAAAUUACGUCAUUUUUUUCGUGUUUGAAAUUUUGUCAUUUCUGCUGAUUCUGGACAUUUCAAAACAUUCAAAACAUUUUGGUUUGCUAGCAAGAAACCAAGAAAGGACUCCGUCGACAUCACUGACCUAUAUUACAUAGGUAUAAUAUAGUAUAAGCUCUGAUCACUGCUGGGAAUUUCACCGAAACAAUGGAACCCGAAUCACAACGACAUCGCUAUGUCUUCGGCCUUAUUGGUGCUCCUUGUGC